AUGGAGCCCGGAUGUGGAAGCCCUUCUGUGCUGCCCCACUGUCCCCAGCCUAGGCGGCAGCCUGCCCUGUGGCCAACCCUGGCCGCUCUGGCCCUGCUGAGCAGCGUCGCCGAGGCCUCCCUGGGCCCCGCGCCCCGCAGUCCCGCCCGGCGCCUCGGCCCCGCUCCUGGCCCGGCGCCCCCCACCGGCCACCUGCCCGGGGGCCGCGCGGCCCGCACGUGCAGCGGAAGAAGCCGCGCGCGGACGGCGGGGGCGCGGGGCUGCCGCCUGCGCUCGCAGCUGGUGCCGGUGCGCGCGCUCGGCCUGGGCCACAGCUCCGACGAGCUGGUGCGUUUCCGCUUCUGCAGCGGCUCCUGCCGCCGCGCGCGCUCCCCGCACGACCUCAGCCUGGCCAGCCUGCUGGGCGCCGGGGCCCUGCGGCCGCCCCCGGGCUCGCGGCCCGUCAGCCAGCCGUGCUGCCGCCCCACGCGCUACGAGGCGGUCUCCUUCAUGGACGUCAACAGCACCUGGAGGACCGUGGACCGCCUGUCGGCCACUGCCUGCGGCUGCCUGGGCUGA